AAUAGAAGCAAAAAUACUCUCCAAUUUGGAGAUAUUUAAAAUGGCUGCCCUUGCGAGGUUGUUCACUGCAAAUCGGCUUGUGCAAGCGUCUGUACUCAGGAGAUUCCAGCCAAAAUGUCUGUCAAGCACACAGUCUGAUCAUCGAGAUGACUGCUUUGUGAAUAUUAAUCCUCCAGAAGAUGAACUUGCUACUAAGAAGAUGGGGGACAUUGUUGAUGAAAUUGGAAGGGAUGUAUGGCUGUCUGAGCUCGUAAAAGGGUUCUCUAUUGUGCAGAGUAUGACGUUCAGGGAACAAGCCACUUUAAAUUACCCUUUUGAGAAAGCCCCUCUGAGUCCAAGAUUCCGAGGGGAACAUGCUUUAAGGAGAUACCCUUCAGGAGAAGAGAGAUGUAUUGCCUGUAAACUAUGUGAAGCUAUCUGUCCAGCACAGGCUAUCACGAUUGAAGCUGAGACACGUGCUGAUGGCAGUAGAAGAACAACCCGCUAUGAUAUUGACAUGACAAAGUGUAUUUUUUGCGGAUUUUGUCAGGAGGCUUGCCCUGUAGAUGCUAUUGUAGAGGGUCCUAACUUCGAAUUUUCUACUGAGACACAUGAGGAGAUGAUAUACAAUAAGGAGAAGUUGCUUAGCUGUGGAGACAUUUGGGAACCAGCUAUCGCAAACAACUUGCAAGCUGAUUAUUUGUACAGAUAAACUGUAUAUUUCUGGUUCCUGGUUCCUAAUUCUAGACUUUCAUGCUUACACCAGUGUUUACUUCAGGCAUAAAUAAUCCACUUUAUAAAAAUUUAUAGACAGCAGUGUGCACUUAUAAAAUAGAUUUAACACUAUAAAUUGCAUCUAAAACAGACCUCAAAGAAUGUUGCUAUAGAAACAAAAUUACCGCCACUUUAUCAAACCUUCAAAUAUUUAUUAUAUGCUAUCAGAUACAGUUGUCCCACUGAAGGUGAUAUGAUGUUAUUUCUAGUAUAGACAUGAAAAAGAAAACUUUCAAGCAUUUUUAGCUUGGCUUUUUUAAGAAAACGAAGAGCUAUUGCACUUGCGUCGGCGUCGCUGUUGCUGUUGGUUGAAGUUUUUGAUAAAGUCAAGUAUCUCUGUUACUAUGAAAGCUUUUUGAUUGAAACUUAAAAUGCUUAUUUACUAUCAAAGUCUACACCAGAAGAAACUGUCCCAAUAACUCUGAUUUGAUUUUUGACAGAGUUAUGCCCCUUUUACUGGCAAAGCUCUAAUUCAGAGUCGAGCACUGAGAAAAGUUGAGCAUGUUGUCUUAUGGACAGCCCUUGAUUACUUGGAAAUUUGUACAAAAUGUAUUGUUAAAUCUGAGAUUUAAUAUGAUACAGUUGAAUCUCAUUUUCUUUUGAAAUAGAAUUUUACUUGGAUUAUGUGUUUUAUUAAAUGAGCCGCGCCAUGAGAAAACCAACAUAGUGGGUUUGCGACCAGCAUGGAUCCAGACCAGCCUGCGCAUCCGGGCAGUCUGGUCAGGAUCCAUGCUGUUCGCUAACGGUUUCUCUAAUUGCAAUAGGCUUUGAAAGCGAACAGCAUGGAUCCUGACCAGACUGCGCGGAUGCGCAGGCUGGUCUGGAUUCAUGCUGGUCGCAAAGCCACUAUGUUGGUUUUCUAAUGGCACGGCUCAAAUAUCUGUUAAUGAGUUCCUAGAGUAAAUAUUACAUUAAUGAAAAUAAAUUGUUUAAAAAUUU